UGCAGGGAGACUGAGACAGUCAGGUGAUUUCCAAGGAAGCCGGAGAUUCAUUCAGUCGUCCACCAAGAGGGGAGCACGCCCAACCCGGAUGCUCAGAUAAUUUGUGGAGCGGUCAGUUUUAGGGGGUUCAGAUAGCAGGAUUGGAGGUAUUUCAGCACCACGGCGGAGGGACAGCUCCCGGUGGAAUCACGUUUUCUCGGUACUACUGAGAUCUCCAUCACAGCUGCUUUAUCAUCGCUGCUGGUGGACGGUGAUAUCCUCGUGCAGAAUCAUUAACAACAAGAAGGACUGAGGAGAACAGACUGCAUGCCGGAUUCUUCGCUUUUAAGGAGGUCAUUUGCAUGCCGAAUCUCGUCCGGUGUAGUAGCUGUGCACUGGGACUGACGAACGAUGGCGGAGUGUGCGCGGAAAGGACUGUCGCCCCUCGAGGAAGCGCGUUCUCGCUACGAGAGCUUGCAGAUUUCCGAUGAUGUAUUUGGGGAGUCUGGGGACGACAGCAGUGAAAACCCCUUUUACAGUACCACGGGCGACUCGAAUUCAGACAGCUGCACGGAGACAAAUCCAGACAAUGUCAGGGCAGGUGAAAAUAGAAGUAGCUGUGGUUCUCCUGGGUCUGUCUCCAAUGGCCAAGCGCAGGAGGAAGGAUGGGGCGAUGCUCUACAGGACAUCAGCGUGCCCCAGUAUCAGGACACGCACGGUCCGACACAGAAAAUGCCGGCCACUGCCUCUGCCAUGGACUUCUUCCAGCUCUUUGUCCCUGAUAACGUCAUCCAGAACAUGGUGACCCAAACUAACAUGUAUGCUAAGAAGUUCCAGGGGCGCUUUGGAAGUGAUGAAGGAUGGACCAAUGUGACACUUGCUGAGAUGAAGACCUUCCUGGGCUACGUUUCCUCUACCAGUGUGAACCGCUGUGAGUCAGUGCUAAGUAUCUGGAGCAGUGGAUUCUUCAGUAACCGCAGCAUCGCACUUAAGAUGAGCCAGGCACGCUUUGAAAAGAUCCUCAAGUACUUCCACAUCGUAGCCUUUCGUUCAAGUCAAGGAGGCAGUCAGGGCCUCUAUAAGAUCCAACCCUUCCUGGACUCACUGCAGCAGAGCUUCGGCUCUACCUUCCGACCCUCACAGACACAGGUCCUCCAUGAACCCUUGAUUGAUGAAGACCCUGUGUUCAUUACCACAUGUACAGAGAGAGAGCUGCGUAAGAGGAAGAAGAGGAAGUUCAGCCUGUGGGUGCGACAGUGCAGCUCCACUGGGUUCAUCUGUCAGAUCAGUGUCCAUCUAAAGGAGGGUCCUGGGCCUGAUGGUUUGGACACCCUGAAGAAUAAACCUCAGCUUCACAGUCUGGUUGCCAAACACCUCUGUCAGAACCUGUCUGGCCAUAACACUAUCAUUUUCACUGGACCAAGCAUCACGAGUCUAAACUUGUUUCAGGAAUUUGAGAAACAAGGGAUCUACUGCUGUGGGCUGCUGAGCACCAGGAAGAGUGAUUGCACUGGACUUCCUCAGUCUAUGCUGAUCAAUACAGAGGCCUCACAACAACGUGGGCAGUCUCGCAUUAUGAUGAGAGGCAAUAUGUCCAUAAUCAACUGGUACAACAAGGGCAACUUCAGAUUCCUCACCAAUGCCUACUCUCCCACCAAAGAAGGUGUGAUCAUUAAGAGGAAGAGUGGAGACAUCCCAUGUCCGCUUGCUGUGGAGGCCUUUGCUGCACACCUGAGUUAUAUCUGCAAAUAUGAUGACAAGUACAGCAAGUACUUCAUUUUCCACAAGCCCAAUAAGACAUGGCAGCAGGUGUUUUGGCUGACCAUCAGCAUUGCCAUCAACAACGCCUAUAUUCUAUACAAGAUGUCAGAUGCCUACCAUGCCAAACGCUACAGCCGAGCACAGUUCGGCGAGAGGCUGGUCAAAGACCUGCUGAGUCUGGAUGACUUCUCACCUACUCAGUGAAGGAACCGCAUGCUGUCUCAAACCCACACACAAAAACUACAAACACAAACAUAUUAUACUCACUUGUAUUAACAUUCUGAACUUCAGGGUCUUGUUAAAUGUAGUUGGAACACAAUAUGUAACAAAUUAAAAUUGUGCCAAGUCUGGUUAAAAAAGAAAUGUUUGAGAUCUAAAUUCACAUUUAAAGGGAUAGUCCACCCAAACAUGAAAAUUCUUUCAUCAUUUACUCACCCUCACAAAUCACAAAAGAAGAUUUUUAGAAAUAUAUCUCAGCUCUGUAGGUCCAUACAAUGCAAGUGAAUGGUGAUCAAAAUCUUUGUGUUCUGCAGAAGAAAGAAAGUCAUACACAUCUGGGAUGGCAUGAGGGUGAGUAAAUAAUUAGAGAAUUUUCAUUUUUUUGGUGAACUACCCCUUUAAGACUUAAUUUGGCCAUUUCCACAUGAAAAGUCUGUAUACCACAGGAACAUUGUAUAUAAGUCAUUCAACAGUCUCUGUAACACUUGCUGCAUGAGAAACAAGAAAACGUGCCCUUUGUGCAAUUAUUUUUAUCGAUAGAGUUCCAGUAAUAGUGUUGACAUGGUUUUGAACACUAAGGUACAAUGUUUUGUGAAUUAGCUCUGUAUGUGAGCAGCAUAUCCAACAUUCAGCACUGAUAAAUAUACUGCAUAUAUUUAUCGACUGAGGUCUUUUAUCAGCAAAAUGAGAAUGUAAUGCAAUUCAUUUAAUUUAUAUCACACUUAAUGUAAGAAGGGAGAUCCUAGAUGUGCUCCCAAAUAUCUGGGUGUUUUUCUAUUUUAUAUGACUUAGUAUUUAUUAUCUUUUACUCUUAUUUUUAAAACACAGCAACAACAAGAUUGUUGUGGUUUAAACACAGCAGAUGAUGUACAGUAUAAUGCCACACUGAUACUGAUAUUGCAUCUGAGAUGAAAAUGUCGCAAAACUACUAGCUUUCCCAAUCCUUUAUGCACUUAACUAGUAACAAAGUAGAAACAAACUAAGACCAGGAAUGGCAGAUUUGAAAGUAAUUGUUCACAAAAAUUGCAUUGAUCCCAAAUUACAUUUCCAUGACAUUGCAUAAACCCUUUUGUCUGCCUUUCGUUGUCCCUAUAUUUUUGUCAAUUCAAAUAUCCUUAAUAUAAUAGUAAAUGUUAUGUAUUUCUUUGAAAGAGCCCAACAUAUUAUACCGAAAAAGUAAAUAUAAUGUAUAAUAAUUAAUUUAAAUCUUUUAUAUUUUGUGUAAUUAAAGUAGGCUAUCCGGUUAAAAUAGGAGUUGUUAUACAUGAGCGUGAUUUGGAAAAAAAAAAAAAGAUGAAAUUAUGAAACACUUAAAUUAACCAGAAUUUAUCUUUACCCUUAACAGGGUUCAUUUUAUGUGGUCUAUUAUUUUGCUAGAUCUUCAGUUAGUCAGGCUUUAUCAAAUUAUCAAUUUUCCUUGUUGCUAUAUUGUAACUAGUAAUGGCAUGUUACAAUCACUGCUAUUUAUCCAUGGCAUAAUUUGUCCCUUCACUGAGGCAUAUUUGGUUAUUUCCCUCAGGUAAUAAUUUAGUCAAGCGUCUCCCCUCUGUAUCACUGUGCUGUAUUCAUACUGGAUAAUGACCUCUGUAAGGGACUCAUGAACAAUGGUGAAUGAAUUUGUGUCAGCUGCCAGACAUACCAAAUAUAAUUUCCCCAGCUUUCAUUUAUUGUUUACUGUUAACUUUGUGUCUUCACCUGCUGUUUUCCUUUGUACUCUGAGUGGGUAUGUGGAGAAAUGCCACACUUUUAGUCCUGUAUCAUUGGUCUUUAAGUGAGACAAAAGCUUUGUUUCAUCUGUCCAGGCACUUUUUUGAGAGAGCUCAUUGAGAUUGUAUAUCCGUGUUUUCCAGAGCACCUGUUUUUGGAUUUGUUCCACGCUCCAUCUCUAUCUGCUCUCCAGUGGGAAUACUUUUAAAUCAGGUGUGAAUUUAGAGCUAGGCAGACAGUGAACUAAUAAAGUGAGACAGGUGGUAUCUGGUUUAAACUGUUUGACCCUCAUGUCCUCGCGAGGGCCUUAUCUUGGGUGAC